CAACUAUCUCAACUCCCAGCCUUGAGCAAAAUACUACCGAGAUUACCGUCAAAGCCUUACAGCAACGGCUACCAGACCGUACUGAGUAGGUUAUAUCUAUACUGCGGGAAAUCCGUCACAACUGCAUCAGAAAACCGCUUAACUGGCGGUGCUGGUGCCUUCUCGCUGAGCACACGACAGAACCUCAAGACUACACCAACCAUACUGCAAUAUCUCCAAUCCAAAUCAAAGCUGUUUUGUCCAACAUGGGUCCCUCCCGCCUUUCCAAAACCCUCCAAGGCAUCACCGUCACGACCUUGGCCUCAAUAGGCGGAUUCUUCGUCUGGACCAAGCACUGCCAAUUCUCUCCGGACGACCAAUUCAACCCGGCCACGGAACCCCUGUUUCGGAGUCAAUGGUUCCAGAAAUUCAAUCCGGGCUCUAACCCGACGACGCACGAUGAAUGCGUGAGACGGCUUCCGCUACAUAAGAUCCGGCCCGAGCUGCUCGAAGAUGCGAGGAAUGGUGGUUCGAAAUUGGUCGAGGCUUUUAGUCAGGGUGUUUGGGGAGGGUUUGGCUACAAAAUCCAACGCGCAUACUUAGAACGCAAAUACCGAAACGACACCACAACCGCCCAUCAACUCUGGACACCACAGCAACUACGCACAUCGACCUACGACGUCGGCACUGAGAUCACCGACCAUUUCGUGGUCCUGGAGAAGACUCCCACAUCGAUCCUGAUCCGGUGUGGUGACUCCCCCCUGAACAGUCCAGACAAGAAUCGGCCGAGCGACGGCCUGUUCGCCUUGACUGCCAAAGCCGACUUUGACAAGGGUUUUGCCGAAUUUCGACUCAAAAGUAUCUUCUAUCAGGGUGAGGGGGAGCCGGCAGACAAGACGCAUGGUCCCAUGUCGAGCAAUAUGCAGUGGUUGCAUAAGUUGUACACGAAACUGUGGAUGGAGAGUGCUAUGAGCAAUGUAAAGAAAUAAUACUACCAUCUAGAUCUCCUCAGCGAAGCAUAACCUGGACAUACAAUUCUGGAUUGGUGUUUUGAUCUGAGCAAAGCGCUGUACUAGUACUUCACUUCCUGCACGAGUUAGCUCAUGCUGCGGUGUGGCUCCGUCCAAUCGCCACGCCACUCAGACCAACCUCGACCGUCCAUAGAAUCUCCUCUCAAUUCUAAUGUGCCGAGUAUUCGCUAACUAAGCAUCUGGCCGGAUUGACUCUCCCC